GAAAAACGCGUCCGAGGUUGAGAGAUUAACGAGCGCAGCAGCACCGGUCCAUCACGGCUCCGGUAUCCCCCCGGUGUGUGAGGAGAAAGACGGAGAAAUAUCGCGGAGAUCCGCUCGGGUGUGUUUGUGUUGAAGAUGAGGACAGGAGGAGAUUAAGGAGUGUUUAUCUCUGAGCCUUGCCCUUAGCCAGUGAGAACAUCAUUACAUACAGAACUUACUGUCUUUACUGUCUAAGGAGUGUGACACCACCCUACCAAAGUUUAUAACGGAAAGUACUCGCAAGGUGAACACACACACACACACACACACACACACACACACACACACACACACACUAGAAGACCCAAGACACAAAAUAAACCUGAUACCCCCUACAAAUUGAUGCUCAUCAGUUUUUCCAUCCUCUUCUGAAAUUCCGUCACCCGAAGAGUCGAGACGCUGAUUCACAAACACGGUUAUUCAUUUUCACUGGGCCAUGGGGCGAGUGUCCAUAAGGACUUCAUCAUAACCUGUACUUGCCUCCACCGUUAUGGAUCAGGAUGAGACGAGCACAGAGAUUUGGGAGCCGCCCCUGCAUGGACUCCACGGGCCCAACCGCAUGCGGCCUUCAUCGUACCGCGCUCUGCGGAGCGCCGUGUCCAGCCUGGCACGAAUCGAUGAUUUCUUCUGUGAGAAGAUCGGUUCUGGUUUCUUCUCUGAGGUUUUCAAGGUCCAGCACAGGAUCACAGGGCAGGUGAUGGCUCUGAAGAUGAACACGCUGGCGAGCAACAAAGCCAACAUGCUGCGAGAAGUGCAGUUAAUGAAUCGCCUCUGUCAUCCCAACAUCCUCAGGUUCUUGGGGGUGUGUGUCCAUGAGGGACAGCUUCAUGCUCUGACUGAGUACAUUAAUGGUGGAAAUCUGGAGCAGCUGCUGGACAGUGACAUGUCCUUACCCUGGACUGUGAGGAUAGGACUGUCUCUGGACAUCGCACGAGGACUGCAGUACCUCCACAGCAAAGGCAUUUUCCACCGAGACCUCACUUCCAAGAACUGUUUAGUGCGCUGUGAGAACGCUGUUUUCACGGCUGUGGUCGGAGAUUUUGGCCUGGCGGAGAAAAUCCCUGAUUACAGUGAUGGAGUGGAGAAGCAGCCUCUGGCUGUGGUUGGCUCCCCCUACUGGAUGGCUCCGGAAGUGCUCAGAGGAGAGAUUUAUGAUGAGAAGGUGGAUGUUUUCGCGUUCGGUAUCAUUCUGUGUGAGAUCAUUGCUCGGAUCGAGGCCGACCCUGACGUCCUCCCACGAACAGAGGACUUUGGACUAGAUGUGGAAACCUUUGAGCAAAUGGUUGGAGACUGUCCACCUGCUUUGCUUAACCUGGCUGUUGGCUGCUGCAACAUGUGUGCAGUGAGUCGUCCUUCUUUCUCUGACAUUGUUGUGACCUUGGAGAGGAUGGAGAGGGAAAGUGAGAAGACUAAGACACCAGUUAUUAUAGAACCUGUUGCUGCAGAUGAGAGCCCAUACAGGAGGCGGAGUUCGCCGUGCCAAUUGGGUAUCCAGCGCCUCGCACGGAGUCAGUCUGCCCUGUUGCCACCAGCCUCGAGUCCAUGCGUGGGUACACCGGUGCGCCUUAACCCCUUCUCUUUACGCCAUGACCUGAAUGGUGGCCGCAUUAAGCUCUUCGACACACCCAGCAAGUCACUUAUUUCCCUGACCUUUACUUUGCCCCCACCCCCUGAGCCUUCCUCUUCUCCACCACUGUGCGGCGCCUCAACACUUCGAGGUCCACCUCGCCGGUGCCAGUCCUUACCCUGCACUCCUGAACUUGGUCGACCUUUGACCUCAUUUCAUGAGCCUGGAACUGAAAGUGUGGAAGAGAGUCAUGGAGAAAAACAAGAGACAGGGAAGGAGAUGGCUGGCACAGAUGAUGUUGGGCAAGACUCCGGUUUGGUGCUGGAUCUAGAUAUGGUGUCUUUGGAGCGAGUGGAUGAAGAAGAGGAAGACGAGGAGGAAGAGGAGGAUAAAGAAGUAGAGAUGGAGGAACUCUGUCGGAUUGAACCCAUGGACUGCACUAGCUCCUUUGAUGCAUUGGAGGGUGCUCUGAGAUCAACAGCAAAGCCUCUGCUUCACAGUUCUUAUUCACCCUCCUCUUCCUUCAGCCCUCAGCCUAAUGGCUGGAAAGUACCCAUUUCAAAUGGCCCUCCAUCCCUUCCACCCCUACCCCGUCUGGACAAUAAUAACAGCAUGCUGGGAGUUGGCCGGGUGCCUUGGGUGCGACUCAGUGGCUACCACGGUCACCAUGCUCCCAGUCGUCUGGCACCUCCUCCCGAACAAGAUGACAUAAUUUCCUGUCCGGGCUGUUGCUUGGUGGGGUUCAGCUUUCCAUCGGUGUGCCUGCGUGGAGCCCCACCUUCUCGCCGAACCCCAUCCCUACGCCAAUACAGGAAUCUUAAUGGGGGAGAGGCGGCAGCUGGGAGGGCAAACAACGGACUGAUGUGUCGAGGAGCUAAGGGUCUGGCUCCUCUUACAAUGACCUGCGAACCUGGUUUGCCACUUCCAGAAGCACAGACGUAGUUAGAGUCCCCUCUCGAGUGCUCACUUUGGCACUGGCACUGUGCCAAUAACCACUAUGGCUAGAAUAUUAGUGCGAAUGUGCAGUGAGGGAGUAACAAAUUGGUGCGUUGGGAUCUUAGGGUGUGUGUAUGUGUGUAUGUGUGUGUAUGUGUGAGAGAGAACACAAGCUAGAGAGAGAGAAAAGUGUCAUAGAAAAACAGAUAUACAGUAUGGAGAGUGUCGGUGGUACUUUAAGAUGCAAACUUACUGUAAAUCUUUUGUGAUCAAUUUGGACAAGGUGCUAUUAUAGCCACAUUAGACCACAUUUUAGCCACUGGUGGUAAAGUUGCCCCAAAACAGACUGUGUGUGUGUGUGUGUGUGUGUGUGUGUG